AUGGCAUACCCUCCGUCGUCGCAGCGCCCGCCGCCCGUGAGGCAGUACGCUCCAUCCCCGGCCUCGGCUGCUGCGCCCUAUGCCCAAGGCGACAUGUACGGCGCUGGUGACUACCCACCAGAUCCUGGCUCCGAGGACCCAGCAUAUGGUUAUCAGCCUGGCCCGCCUGGCCCCCCCCGGUCCCUACGGCUCGUCAAAUGCACCGCGCUCCAUGCGCCCGCCAGGGCCAUCAGGUUCGGGCCGACCUAUGGGGUCCCCCAAAUGGUCGUGGUUAUGCCGGCGACAGACCUCCCCCGCAAAAGCGUAGAGGACCACCUAGUAAGUCAACCGCGUGCGAUCACUCAAAUCACUUAA